CACUUCCUGAAAGCGUAAAGAUUGCAGCAAAUAGGCAGAGGACUGGUUUUUCAGUGAAAACAAUGGUAAAUAAAAACAAUGUAGUUGAAUUAUAAAUGCAUGGAUGCAGAUUUCUCACGUCACAGACAUGAAACUGGCUGGAAACGGACAAAGCGUGGAAAUAAGUUCGCUUUGCUGCCAGCUGUGAUUUGAAUUCAGAGAGCCACGUCUGGUGGGUAAAUAAAUAUAUCUAGGACAGUGUACUAAGUGCGAUAUUAAUGGUAUAUGAUCCACUAUGGCCAUCACCCGGUUCCGUUUAUUCAAAAUUUGCACUUGCCUUGCAACAGUGAUCUCUUUCUUUAAAAGAUUGAUAUGCAGGUCAGGAAGACAGAGAAAGCUAAGUGGAGAUCAGAUAACCCUUCCAACUACAGUGGAUUAUUCCUCAGUUCCCAAACAGCCAGAGGUGGAAGAAUGGAGUUCAUGGGAUGAAGAAGCGCCCACAAGUAUUAAGAUUGAAGGAGGGAAUGGCAGUGUAGUCUCUGAGCAAAAUGAUGCAGAAUCAGAUGAGCCUGAUUAUUUCAAAGACAUGGCACCAACAAUCAGAAAAACACAAAAAAUUGUCCUCAAGAAGAGGGAACCAUUAAAUUUCACUUUACCAGAUGGCAAUACAGGGUUCUCUAGCAGGCUCGCUGCUGCACAGGACAUUCCUUUUAAUGCGCCAUCUGCAGAGCUGGGGGAUUUAGAUAAUUGGCAAGAAAAUUCAAAUGCCUGGGAAGAUGAGUCUGAUGCUACUUGGGAAGCUGAAGAAAUAUUAAGGCAGCAGAAAAUGGCUGAGAGGGAGAAAAGAGCUUUGGAACAGCAAAGGAAGAAGAUGGAGAAAGAAGCCCAAAGACUAACUAAAAAGGAACAAAAAAUUGCUGUAAAGCUUUCAUAACAUUUAAGGAUCCAAAAGACAUGGUGUACUGUAAACUGGAAAAGUACAUGCUUCCCCAAUAUGAACAGUUAUAUUUCUGUAGGUGAUAAAUAGUUUUUACAGUAGUUGCUGUUAAUAACCUGAUGUUCCUUGCAACCUGCAGUUCAGCAACCAACAUUAUUUAAUUCGAAGGUCAGUAGAAAUAGCUUGGUUUACUUGAAGUUUAUAAUGUUUGGAACAUGGCAGUUAAUUAUUUUGGGGAGAUACCUUUCCCUGUUACUGAUCUUGCAAGACAUUUCUGUAUAAACCCAAUUUUACCAUGAUGCUAUAUUACAUGUUCUUCAGUUAAUUUAACUGAAACGAAAUUAAAAUUGAAUGUUAAGAAUUCAACAUUCUUUUAAAAUUUGAUUUUCAGCAUAUGCCUUAGUAAUACAAAACAAUAUUUCUAAAUGUACAAAAUGUUUUAACAUAACCUCAAAGACUGAUGAUGCUAUCAGCUUAUGUCAUUCUUUAAACCUAUUGUGACCCUUUUCCUUUUAGUUCUGAUGUGCACAUCACAUCAUCAGCAAGAACUUAAGCACUUUGAAUUUGUACGUUUGACUGGAUUUUGGUGCGAUAGCCUAUUUCAUACAAAUGUAUAAACUCACCUGCUAUGAAAUUAGGCUUGCAGAAAUGGUAAAAGGUUUAAUGCAGGACUGCAUUAUACCAAAACAUGUCAAAUUAUGAAGGUUUUCUUAAAAAGUGGAAGUGAACUCUUUUAUAGAAAACAAACUUAAAUACAAAUCUGAGAGAUGAAAAAUGGCCGCUGAUUGGCAUUUUCCCCACUGUUACUCGGUCCCCUGGGGAUAUUGGUGUGAAAGGGGGUGGGGGGUGGUGGUCCUGAUUUUUUUUUUUUUAUUUAUUUAUUUUUUAAAGGUUUGUAUUUUUUUUAUGUAAAACAAAAAGAAAAAAAAUAAGGCACAAUUUCAUUAAGGUGGUUGUUUUUACAUUACAUACCCUGUUGGUGCUUGCAGACGUCUGUCUUUGCAAGUUGCUAUUUCAUUGGUCCACAAACAAGUACUGUGAAAUAAACAGUAAGGGUGCAGUGCUAUAGUUUCAGAAAAUGACAUACAGUUAGGGUACAUUGCUAUAGUUGUCAGAGAACUUGAGAAAGAAAUGAAAAAAACUAAUUUAGGUGCAAUUGGUAAGAAAGAAAAGUAACAGUGUUAAUGGAAAGAAGCAAGAAAAAGUAGACGGCCCACAGGAGAAUGUAUUCAGAAAGUUCAUGUACCGGGAAGAGUGCUAUGCACAUUUUGUUCGAACUUAAUACGUUAAAGGAUACAAAGCGUCGGAAAGCCAUAUUCUCAUCAGAAAACAUGUAGACCUAAUAAAUACUCAUCACAGUAACUAUAUCCUGCCGUCUGCAUUUUCUUUGCGACUUUCUGAUGUAAAAGUUGCAUUUGAGAUCCAAAACAGCAAGGACAUUUAAAGUUUUACAAUAUUUAUUUCAGCAGUAGUGCACAGAUAA